AUGUUCAGUAUAGAAAACUAUAUUAAGGAACUGAUAAUCAGUAAGGUUGAGAAGUUUGUAAGGAACAUCAAUCCAGAGGAGUUGAAGAGCCAAUUUAAGGUUUCAUUAUGGGAAGGCGAUAUGGUGUUCCAAAAUUUGGAACUUAAAUUAGACGUACUGGAUGAAGAAUUGCAGAUUCCGUUUACAUUCAUCUCCGGCUUUAUUAAAUACCUAAAGAUCCAAAUUCCAUGGACUAAAAUCGGAAAUGAGCCGAUAACAUUGACUAUUAAUGACUCAGAACUAGUUGUUAAACUAAAGGAUCUAUCAAACUAUAGUCCCCCAAUGCCAAAACCAAAGAAUAAGGGAAAUUCACUAGAAGGCGAUGAAUCAUCCAGUGGAUAUAUCGCGAGUCUUAUCGCUAAGAUUGUAAAUAAUAUUUCGGUCAUAUGCAAUAAUAUCAGUAUAAAGUUCCUUGAAGAUGAUAUCGUUUUUUCGAUGAAUAUUCCACACUUGUCAGUUUAUUCAGCAGAUAGUAAAUGGAGACGUGCAUUUACGGAUGUCUCAUCAGCAUCAAAUGUUAUUUUUCGAAAACUUAUUAAUAUUAUUGAUCUGACAAUAUGUCUGGAUAAGAGAAAUUCUUUAGGGAAGAUUGAAUAUGUACAGGAACCAUUUCUCUAUAAAUGCAGUAUGGAACUGCGAAUAUUUAGAAAAGCUAAUUCUAUAAAUCCAGAAAAGAGUUCAAUGAUGAGAAUUGAUGUUCAAACAAAGUCACUGAAUUUGAAUGUAAGUUCACAGCAAUUAGCUAUGCUUGUUCGUCUUACAGAAUUAUUUGUGGCAUUAAAAUCUGGCAAGUUAUUUGAUCAGAAUAAAGUGCAAGCAACUAGUUCUGCAACAAAUGAAAAUGCUGAUGAAAAUGACGAAUCGUGGGCUCUAUGGAUGUGGAAUAAUAUGGUGCCAACAUUAAUGUCAAAUGAAGCACAAAGUGAGGAUAUAGAAGCAAAUAGCAAAAAGAUAUUUGAAUUUGGAAUGUAUAUUGAAAAUGCACAGAUAGCUUUAAAAUCACAAGAACUGGUUUACGAUCCAAUCAUCCCAUCAGCCAAGAAGGCAAUCCUUAAGCCUUUACUAGAAAUUAAUGUGAGAGAAAUGUUUGUGAUAACAAUAAUUUGUGGAAGUCGAUAUUUUAAUGUAAAAGGUGGUAUUAGUAAUUUUGAUGUUAAAGCCCUCGACCACUGUCCAUGUAGCUCCAAAACUACAGAAAUUUACAUUAUGAAAGCUAAUAAGGAACUGAAUGGAUCAUAUUUGGUCGAUUCAUAUUUCGAUAAAACUCUCACAGCACAAAAUAAAUACAAAGAAAUGUUCAACAACUAUUUUGAGAAGAAUCAUGAGGAAAGCAUGUUGUCAAAAGUUUGCAUAUCCUUUGAUAUACUUCAUUCUGUUGAAAUACCUGACGACCGUUGUAGUUCAGAUAUUGGAAGUGACUUGGAGUACAGCAAUUUUUCUGAGAAUUACAUAAUUAGGGUUUUUGGUGAUAAGAUCAAUUUUUAUGUCACUGCUGAUGCAAUUCAUAGAAUCGAAAAGAUUAUCCAAUAUUACAAUGAAUGUGAUUUUGCAACCUACGUAAAGGAGGAAAAGAUUCCAAAUAAAAACCAAUUGAGUCCAGCAACAGCAGAUGAUUAUGAAGCAUUAAUUAACGAAACUCCAAUUAGGAAUAUCAUUAUGAAAAUGAAGAAUAGUGAAUUGCAUGUUAAGGAGUGGGAUCAUGAGAAGGUGCAGAGAAAUUCCAGGAAAUUAGGAAGACAGCAUAGCUUUAAUGAAAAUUCAAAUAGAAGCUGUACCGAAUUCGUUAUUAAAUUGGGAGAUUUUACACUUAAAAUUGAGAGUCCUCUUUAUAGGAAUCGCUUAGUCUAUACAGCAUGUCAGCUACCCGAUAAUAUCGAAAAUGAGCUGUUCCAAAAGUGCUUCACAAUAAUUAAGACAAAUGUAAAGAACAUCGUAAUUGACAUGAUGGAAAGUAAUGCCAAGAAAAUUUGUGAAAUUUUAAAAUUUUCGUCCACCUUUAAAAGCCUGAUUUAUCCAAGUUUAUGGGAAGAAUAUGACAUAAAGCAAAACUCUUUUGAUAUGGAACUAAAUGGAUUAACAUUUAUGAUGAAUCCCGUUCAGUUUUUAGUUUUUUAUAAAACAAUAAUUUCGAAUGUUCAAAGAAAUCCAACAAAUAGCGAAGCUUCUUGUAGUCUAAUCGAAAAUAUUAAUAAUCCAGAACUGAUUGUGCUACAACUUACGUCCAGAAUAUUACGAUUUAAAAUGUCAAAAUUAUCAAAAGUAUCACUAUUCGAGUUCACAAUUUCAGACAUGAUUGGACUAGCUUGGAAAAAAGGAUCAAAGUCUAUUGUAGUCAACAUUCCAGAUAGCAAGAAUAAAAUGCCGUCUUUUUCAACGAGAGAAAAAGAACCAAAAUCCGACGCAAUUCUUCACGUCUACCUUCAAAUUCCAAAUAGUGAAGUUGCUGAUCAAGAUUCAUUGACUAUUUUUGUACUUGAAACAUCUGAAGGAUCUAUAAAUCUUGAUCCAUUAAUGAGAGAAUUCCUGUCAUUUAAAAUUAAACCAGAUCAUGUCAAGGAAAAGGAAUUUAAAAGAACAUUAAGUUCAUCCACAAAACCAUUACUUACAGAAUUGUCAAAUAUUCAACAAAGCUCUGCACAUUCCAGUUCAGAAUAUCAAGACACAUUAUGUCCAUCUGUACAGACAACAAAGGUAGACAAAAACUUGUCAAACUCUUUUAAAGAAUUCCGAAAAUACAUAAUAAAUGCACAUAUACGUCCAAUUAGCGUGUACUAUUCAACAACCAUUCUUGAAUCAUUCAAAGCAAGUGAUUCUAUUCGUGGAAAUAUACAGUCGAGUGGCUGUAAUGCGAUAGUUUUCAAAACACCGGUACUGACAUUUCAUUCUGUGAAAAAUAAGAUGCUUACUAAAUUCGUGUCUGAACAUUUCCCGGUUAAUCUUCCGAGUAUUUUAUGGGGAAAUGACAAAAGCUUAACAUGGAACUUUGAACUCAGUAAUUUGAGUGUCUUUAUUGUUAGUGACAGAAAAAUGUUUCAAAUAAUCCAAAAUGCAGCAAUGAAGGUGUCCGUAGCUGAUGAGAGUCAGUUAGAGGAUACAGAACUUUACAGUGGAAACGUACUAAUUGAAAUAUUUCCCAUAUUAAUCACCUUCCAUACAAGCAAAAUAGAGUUUAUAAGUUCAGCCAUGAAGGAAAUUAGUAAUUUUGCCAUAUUUGGGUCAAAUGGAAAUUUCGAUGAUAAGACACAAGACUGUAUUAAUUAUGUUGAGGAAUCAACUCCGAGUGCUUUGGACAUUAAAGAUUUUCUUGGUCUACAAACUGGAUCGACGAUCACUAAAACAUCUCUUCCUGAUUGUACUGUCAAAAAGUCCAAAACCAACAUAAACUUCUACAUCCAAUCGAUAUGCUCCAAAGUUUGUUUAACAUUAAUUGCUGAUGAUGUUAAGGUUCCAAAGAAGUUUGUAUUUGAAAUUGACGAAACUUUAUUCAGCAUGCAUCAACAAGAAUUCUUUCAACUAAAAUGCAAGAUCACAUCAAUAUCUGGAAAUCAUUUUCAUCAAAUCGAAGGCACAAAUGAAUGGAUUAAAAAUUUAAAUCUUGGCUUUAAUAUUCAAUCAGAACAAAAUAUAUCAGAUACAGUUAGUCGAUUCCUCGAUGUGACUUUAACAAAGGCUGAAACUAUUAAUGUUCAUUCUAAAUGGAAUGUAGAGCUGAAAAAGAAUUCACAGCUUAUUCUGAGUAAUGUUUCUGAAAUUAAUGUUAUCCUUCAAUCCUUUGAUUUCAUCAUAUCAGACGAGGUUAAUGACUUUCUACGAUUAAUGCAAAUGCUCCAAGGAAAGCCACAGAAGAAACAAAAAACAUUCAUGCAGUAUGCAGGCUCAGAUUUACCAUUGUUCCAUUUAAAUUGCAAUGGGUUUAGAAUUUUCCUGCCAAACCUUGUAAAGGAAUCAAAUCCAAAUGUGCUAAUCUUGAAGGUUCACAACAUUCAAUUAUCACCAAAUGCUGUAAAUAAUUUAAUUCGUUCCCAAAUCAUUCGUCCUGACAUAGUAAAUAAGGCAUCAAAUUUAGGAAUAUUGGAUUUAGUAGGAUCGAAAAUUGAAGAUCGACAGUAUCAGUUACUUAUCAAAGGUUGUUCGUUAAACUCAUCAAAUUGGAAUGAUAUUACAGACAUAAUUUGUGAGAAGAAUGUUGAAAAUUACGAUAAUCCAGCUACUAUAUGGAAUAAUUUUGAGAAUGGUCCAUCAUUUCCAAACUUUAAGUGCAAUACCAUAUUUAAGGAUUCCUCAUUUUCAUUCAUUUAUGCUCCGUGUAUAAAAUUUAAGGAAGUAGUUGUUGCUGGUGCUGCAAUAGAAAUCAAUUGUAUUGAAAAUAUGAACAUUAUCACUUCCUUAGAUCAAGUAAUUUUGUUCGUCGAUCUCGGUGAAAAGUUUAAGGAAAUUGGAAAUUCAUUUUCAAAAGCUGACAAAGAAUCAGAAGAACUAAAAAAUCCAAUUAAACCAGAAAUAGUUAAAGUAAGAAAGAAUAAACGUUUUAUGGAGAAAAAGUCAAAUGAUGAUUCAGGCGUAGCUUCAACAAUGUCAAACUCUUAUCUCCAUAAAUCUAGACGAGUGCUACAUAGAAAGGUUUCUACAAUCACGAAUGAAAACUCUGAUUUUGUUCCUUUUGAAUUUACAUUCACUAGCAGUAAGUUCAACUUUAACUUUUCUAUAAACAAUAUAAGUUAUUACUUUUUACUGGAUACGCCAAAUUUGUAUAUUACUCAAAAUGGAAAUGACAAGACUUUUAAUGUGUCGUUGCAUGACUUGAAGAUUGAUAAUGAAGCAACAAGUUUGUUGUUUACUCGUCAUGGAAAUGUUGAUCCAAUUUCUGGCAUUGCUAAUUCACUAUUGAGGAUUAAAGUGAUGGAAAAAUCAUUAAGGAAUUCUGAGUUGUCAUUUGAAGUUGGACGAUCAAUUUGUAUAAAAAUCAAACCUGAAAUAAUUUCAGAAAUUCUUAAUUUAAUGGAAAAAUUAAAAGGAAAUGGAAGUAAAGUGAAGAAUGUUCCCAAAAAUAUUAGAAUCCACUCAAAAGUAAGAAAAUUUGAUUCCAUAAAGUUAUUGAUGAACAACUUUAAAAUAAUUAACUUAAAGACUGAUCAGAUUGUGUUUGAUAUUUCUUCCGACGAUACCUUCCAAGUCACAUUCGGUGUACAAAACAUUAAAGGAAGAUUAAAGUUGUUUGAUCGACCAGAAAAGCUUGAAAGUAAUUUUGAAAUAAAUCAUGUAACUGCAAAAUGUGGAAAUAAUGUUUUCAUACAUCCAUUAAGUAUUGAGUCAAAGCUGAAAAUUACACAGGAAUAUUGGAAGAAGGAUCCUUUAGUAUACUUGAAUGUUAUAUUCAAUUAUGUCAAGUUUGAUGUUUGGCCAAAUUUGAUUGAUCGACUUGUUGCUUUUGGAGAUACGUUAGGAAAAGUCAUGAAUGUCAAUAAGAAUGAUAAGAUGAAUGACAAUAAAGAGACAUCAAUAGAUUUUACAGAAGUGAGCUUUGAGAAGAUCCAGCUACAUCCAGAGAUUUAUAAAAUAAACGACUCAGAAGCUGUUGAGCAUUUUUCAGACGAUUUAAGAAGUGGAAUUUACACUUUUGUUGAAGUCGUUACUCCAUUUCAAGAAUUGCCACUCCCAUAUCAAAUUCACUACCAAGAGACUGGAAUAAUAUGCUGGCGAUAUCCAUUGCCAAGAGCAUUACACAAAAUUAAAAUAUUUCCAGCACCUCUGCAGACAAGCAAUCAAAUUAGAAUCGAUUGUAAAAUUGAGUUUUAUUCACAGUUAAAAUCACAAUUUGAAGAACUGAUUUCAUUAAGCCUGAACGAAAAUGAAACUAAGAUAUUGGAUAUCCAACAGAAUGUCAUGUUUGCAGAAGUUUGGAGAAUUAAGUUUAAAGUUAAUAUUAAGAAAGAUUCAGACGAUGAAGAGGAUUACGACGGCGAAAUAGAAAGCGAAUUGAAUUAUCUCCAAAUGCAUCCAAAAGUGCUGUUGGCAUGCUUAAGAAUUGAUUCCUAUUAUAAAUCAAGUGCAGUUCCAACAAUAAAUUCACUUGUAAAAGUUUCUAAAGUGGAAGUAAAUCUACUGCAUCAAGAUACUAAUGAAAAUACAUUCCAAAGGUACGAAACCGUCCAAGUUUGUGCUGAAUCAAUUCAAGUUUUAGGACAGCAUUAUGAUGAGAAUUUUGACAAUUAUGUGAUUGAAGGGGCUUUAUCAACAGAUGUUAAAGACUUUGGAUGCAAAAAUGUGGUUCCAUUUAUUAAAACGUUUUAUCUAAAAGCUUCCUUGGAUCGAAAUCAGUCAGACAUAAACUUGAAUUUAAUUACUAGUAAAAUUAAAGUUUCAUAUUCACCAGCUAUUGGACAUUCGUUGCUGUCAAACUUUUGUUUAUGGAAGAACCAAAGCUCAAUAUCUGAGUAUGUUAAGUACACAAUAUAUAACAAUACAGCAAAUGCAAUCAAAGUUAAUCAAUUUGGGGUGGAUGAAAUUAUUUGCGUACUUCCAAAAUCAUCAAAAUUCUAUCAUUUCUUUACGGACAAAAUAAUUCAAACUCUUCAAAUUGCUGCAUGUAUUCAGAAUGAGACAUGGAGUGAACAGACUGAAGCUAUAAAUGUACAUCAUGAAGGAACGCAGUACAUAAAAUGUGCUGAUCAGUACUUUAUCAUUACGAUAAAAGCUAUUUCCAAUUAUCAGCGUAAAAUCAUAAUUGAUGGACAAAUUUAUGUAAGAAAUAUGACUAAAGAACAGUUUGUUAUCCAGUACAAGAGAUAUGACAAGGAUAUUGAUAACACUGAUAAAUGUGAAAUUCAGGAAGUGGAAUUAGAUGAUCAUGGAAGUCGAUCAUUCUUUGGGGCAUGUGAAUAUGAUUCACAACAGACUAUGAAGCUACAUUUAAGGAAAUGUGAUAAAAGAAUAUUUUCUGGGGAGAUUCCUUUACGUGAGAUUGUUGCUAAUAAUAAACCUUGGCUCGUUAAAGUUCCUGUAAAUUCCAAUAACAAAUUUAUAUGUUACUGGGUACGAAUAAUUCGACAGCUUGUCCAAAACGAACUUUGUCGUGUUCUCAUCCUUAUUUGUCCUGCAUUCAUUGCAAGAUCUCUAUUUCCGUGUGACAUAAUUUUGACUGAAGAUGACACUAAGGAUGAAUAUGAAAUUAAAGGUUGUGGUCAAUUGACAGAGUUUGAGAUGAAAGGAACGCAUGAGAAUGAACAUCGAUUGCUAUUUCCUGAAAACUACUUACAGCAAGACAAGAUAUCACCAGCAUUCGUGACAUUAUCAUAUAAUUUGGUGAACAAGAACACAUUCUUUAAAAUUCCUGAUGAGUAUUCAGACAUUCCAAAAGCUAUUGAGAAGCUUGAAGAGAAUAAGGAAUUUCAAUGGCCAUGUUCGAGAGAUGAAGAGCAUCAGAUUGAGAGGAAAUUUGCCAUGAAUGAAAAGAUUACAACAUUGUAUGAAUUAUCGUCACACGAACUAGACGGCUUAUGCUGUUCCUUAAUGCUAACAAUAAUUCCAUCGUGCAUCUUCAUCAAUUCUUCUGGAAUAAGGAUCAAAAUCAUCAACUGUGUUACUAAUGAGGAGUUCUUUUUAGAAUCAAAUUAUGUGACGAUUCCGUUUUAUAUUGAAGACAGCUUCAUGAUAAGUCUGUACAUAAGUGAUGAAUGGAUAAAAAGUUCUCCAAUAUUCCUAAAUGACAGCACGAAAAAGAAGCAUUCAAACAGCUAUGAUAUACCAACAGAAGGACGUACAGUAAUAAAUGUACAUUACGGAGCAGAUACCACUCAAUUAUUAUUAACAUCAAAGUCUAAGGGAAAGCGAAGGAUUGUGUACAUUAGUUCUAUUCUUACAAUAUCCAAUUAUUCAUCCUAUGAACUUGGUGUGAUUCCGUUUUGUGUCGAUAAUAACGAAAAGAUUGAUUACUGGAAGAAGAAUGAGUUUCCAACAAGGAGAUACGUCAAACUGCAUAAGAAUGAAAAGGAUACAACCCAUAAAAUUGGAAAUCCAGUAUCAAUUUAUUCAAAUAUCGCUAAAAAUAAAGCAUCAAGAAAGCAUGGAACAGUUUUUAUGUCAUUCAUUAUGGUAUGCAAUGCAUUAGAAGAAGGUGAAUUUUCAUGUCCUAUAAAGAUCCAACAGACGUUAAGGAAGUGCAUAAAUAUCCAUUAUGAAGGUCAAAGUCAAUCAAUAUGCAUUUCCAUUUUAAAGCACGCCGAGCAGUAUUUUGUAUCAAUUUUUAAUGAUUCAAAGCCAAUGUUGAGUAUUAUUAAUAAUACAGACUUUAAUCUGUAUGUAGCACAAACUGAUGUUAAGCAUCAAUCAUCAAAGCAUAUUUUACCGCAUCGAGAAAUUGCUGAUGACAGAUUUACUUGGUAUCAAGUAGUUAAUUCUAAGCAGAGUGUCUUCUAUUCACCUCCAAUAUUUAAUGAAUUCUUCCCAGAAAUAAUGAGUCAUGAUUAUGGCUUAAUAUUUGCAUGUGUUUGUGGAGAUGAAAUAAUUCGAUGGUCAAUUCCUGUAAAGAUUGAUGAGACAAAGAAAAUUAUCAUUAAUGUUCCCAUGUUUGGAGAUUUAAAGCUAUUAGUCGAUAUGAAGAAAAUAACAUCAGAAGUAUCAAUAAAUUACAUCGAUUCCGAUGAAGUUACGUCUGAAAGUUCAUUUGAAAAUUCACAGCUCAUGAUGUUCAAUGACAGUAUAACUAGGAAAGACUUUAAAACAUUCAGCAUAUCAAGAAAAAGGAACCAGUCGAUACAUUUAAAUUUAAAUAUGUACGUUGAAGGUGUGAAUUUAAUGAUAUCGAAAGAUGAUGCCGAUAAGAGGCUUGACUUGAUGUCGUUAAGUGUCGAUGAGAUUUUGACAAACUACUCGAAAAGUUCGAGGAAGCUUAAGGUUAAUUUCUCUAAAAUUCAAAUAGACAAUGAACUUUUUCUAACAGGAAAAUUCGAUUUUCCUGUUUUAUUGUGUAAUAAGGAAAUGCCAAAGACACAUACUGAUAAACUCAAUCUUCCAAAUGUAUCAACAUGGGAUGUUUAUGACAUUAUUCAAAAGCAUCAGACAAACGAAAAGUUCUCAAUCGAUAUCGAUUUUUAUGAGUCAGACAAGCAUGUGAAAAAUGUUUUGAUCAACUUACUUCCAAUAAGGAUAUACAUUGAGGAUGGAUUUAUUCAUACAGUUUUGGAAUUAGCAGACGAAUGUGUACCUCAUAAUUUUGUGUUUGGGAAGGAAAAGGCUAUUCCAAAGAUUACUCUUCCUGAUAAUCUUGUAUUAGUUCCUAAUAUGAUUGUCAUUCAGUCAAUGCAGCUUUCCGAGCCAAUAAGACUUCAUUCGUUUAAAUUAGAGGCUGUUCAUGUUCUGUUGUCGGUUCACACCUGUAAACAUCUCUAUAUAGCUCUCGAUCACAGUCCACUCGACUUCUCAGCCUACGAAAAAUUAAACAUUUAUACAAUCCCAAUGAAACUUGGGAGCAACUUUGGAAUGCAUUACGUUUCAUCGGCAAUAUUCGGAGCUGGAUGGGUUGUUGGAUCUCUAGAAAUAUUAGGAAGUCCGAGUGGCUUAGCGAGAUCAUUUACAAGUGGUGUUAAAGAUUUUGUAUCGAUGCCAAUUCAAGGAAUUUUUAAAGGUCCAUUUGGAUUCUUUGUUGGCUUAACUCAAGGAUCAGUGUCGCUUUUUAGGAACGUGACAACAGGAACAUUAAAUAGUGUUACAAAACUUGCAAAUUCAGUAGCAAGGAACCUUGAUAAUUUAACGAUGGACAAUGAACAUAUUUAUUUGAAAACUGACACUUUAAGGCGUUCUCGACCUCAGGGAUUUACUGAUGGAUUACAACUAGGAUUGACUGGUUUUGGAAUCAAUAUUUUGGGUGCUAUUGGUGGUUUAUCAAGGCAUCCUCUUCAGGCUAAAAAUGUUGUAGACGUUUUUACUGGCGUCGGUAAAGGAUUAAUUGGUGUUAUCACGAAGCCAAUUUCUGGAAUAGCCGAAUUAGUUGCCUUUAUGGGCAGCGGUGUGCUUCAAAGUGUUGGAUAUAAUAUACUUCCAAAUCCAUUAAAUCAGGAUAUUAGACAUGACUUUUCUGUGCCAAAUGCUGAGAAAAUUAUUAGCACACAAUUACCACAAUUUGCAGCAGAUCCAAUCGUACUUACAUGUAGAGCAACUUAUGUUGACAAGAAUGACCUUAAAUAUGCUUUCCUGAUUCUGAACACAAAAUCCUUGACUAUUGUUGACUUAGAAAAAGAUUCUGUGCUUGAUGUCCACAUGUUGGUGAAUAUAUCACCAAUAUCACAUAAGGCACAGUCAUCGCCUGACAACUUAUUCGUAUUUAAAUUGAAGAAAAAGGAGACAGCAGAAGCUGACAAUAUUGAGAAGUAUCAUGUGUCAAAACGGACAGUCCUUUACAUUAAACAACUAUCGAAUCAGCACUUUGCAGAAAACCGAUCAUUUAAUGAAGAAAAUGAAGACGAUAGCGACGGAAUGAAUGAAAUUGAGAAUCACAUGACAAAUGCAAGGAACGACGGUAAAAUUUCAUUUUAUGUAGACCAAACCACAGGAAAAUAUCUUCAAACUUACAUUUCUCUAAUUAAGCAUCAAAUUUCUGCUAAAGAAAAUUCCUUUCCAUUAUUUGAAGACGUAAAAUCAUAA